CAACACUCCAACUUUGGUGCUGCUGGCCGACAGUGCAGAGCACCUGCAACAGCAGCAGCAGCAACAGCAGUGCAGGAGCUUUGAUUCACCGCCCGGCUGCCCCUCCAUCGCGGAUCCCCUCCCCCAGGGCUGAUAAUUAACUCCGAGGCUGAAUAAGAAGUGAGCAGUCUGGGCGUGGGGGAAGGAUUUGCCGCCACCGCCAUGGACAGUAGCACCUGGAGCCCAUCGCCCACCACCGCUGCUGCUCCAGUGGAAUCCUAUGAGCGCAUCCGAAAUGCUGCGGACAUCUCUGUCAUUGUCAUCUACUUUGUGGUUGUGAUGGCCGUCGGGCUAUGGGCUAUGUUUUCCACCAAUCGUGGGACAGUCGGAGGUUUUUUCCUGGCAGGCCGAAGUAUGGUGUGGUGGCCGAUUGGAGCCUCUCUCUUCGCCAGUAACAUUGGAAGUGGCCACUUUGUGGGGCUGGCUGGGACUGGAGCAGCUUCAGGGAUUGCCACUGGAGCCUUUGAAUGGAAUGCCCUGUUUUUGGUGGUUGUGCUGGGCUGGAUAUUUGUUCCCAUUUACAUAAAGGCUGGGGUAGUGACAAUGCCAGAGUACCUGCGGAAGAGGUUUGGAGGCAAGCGGAUCCAGAUUUACCUUUCUGUUCUGUCCCUGCUGCUCUAUAUAUUCACUAAGAUCUCGGCAGACAUCUUCUCUGGAGCCAUAUUCAUCAAUCUGGCUUUGGGCCUGGAUAUAUACCUGGCCAUCUUUAUCUUAUUAGCAAUUACUGGGCUUUACACAAUCACAGGGGGCCUGGCAGCUGUGAUCUACACGGACACCUUGCAGACAGCAAUUAUGCUGGUGGGGUCUUUUAUCCUGACUGGGUUUGCUUUCAAUGAAGUGGGAGGGUAUGAAGCCUUCAUGGAAAAGUAUAUGAAAGCCAUUCCAACCUUAAUUUCUGAUGGAAACACCACCAUCAAGGAAGAAUGCUACACUCCAAGGGAAGACUCCUUCCACAUCUUCCGAGAUCCCCUGAAGGGAGACCUCCCAUGGCCUGGGCUCAUCUUUGGGCUGGCCAUCCUCGCCUUGUGGUACUGGUGCACGGAUCAGGUGAUUGUGCAGCGCUGCCUCUCAGCCAAGAAUAUGUCUCACGUGAAGGCCGGCUGUACCCUGUGUGGGUACAUGAAGCUGCUGCCCAUGUUCCUCAUGGUGAUGCCAGGGAUGAUCAGCCGCAUUCUCUACACAGAAAAAAUUGCCUGUGUCAUUCCUUCAGAAUGUAAAAAAUAUUGUGGCACCCCAGUUGGCUGUACCAACAUCGCCUACCCCACCUUGGUGGUGGAGCUCAUGCCUAAUGGAUUGCGAGGCCUGAUGCUGUCAGUCAUGAUGGCUUCUCUCAUGAGCUCCCUAACUUCCAUCUUCAACAGUGCCAGCACCCUCUUCACCAUGGACAUCUACACGAAGAUCCGGAAGCAAGCAUCUGAGAAAGAGCUCAUGAUUGCAGGAAGGUUGUUCAUUCUCUUUCUGAUUGCCAUCAGCAUUGCCUGGGUGCCCAUUGUGCAGUCAGCACAAAGUGGGCAGCUCUUUGAUUAUAUCCAGUCCAUUACCAGUUACUUGGGACCACCCAUUGCAGCUGUCUUCCUGCUUGCUGUUUUCUGGAAGAGAAUCACUGAACCUGGAGCCUUUUGGGGACUCAUCCUAGGAUUUCUGAUUGGAAUUUCCCGUAUGAUUACUGAGUUUGCCUAUGGAACUGGGAGCUGCAUGGAGCCCAGCAACUGUCCCACCAUUAUCUGUGGGGUCCACUACUUGUAUUUUGCCAUUAUCCUCUUUGUCAUUUCUGUCAUCACCAUUGUGGUCAUCUCCCUGUUCACCAAGCCCAUUCCAGAUGUGCAUCUCUAUCGUCUGUGUUGGAGUCUUCGAAACAGCACAGAGGAACGUAUUGACCUGGAUGCAGAAGAGGAGGACCUCCAGGAAUCCCCGAAGGAUACCAUUGAAAUAGAAGUUCCUGAGGAGAGAAAAGGGUGCUUCAGGCGGGCCUAUGACCUGUUCUGUGGGCUGGACCAGAAGGGACCUAAGAUGACCAAGGAAGAGGAGGCAGCUAUGAAGAUGAAGCUGACAGACACCUCUGAGAAGCCUUUGUGGAGGACAGUAGUGAACAUCAAUGGCAUCAUCCUGCUAGCUGUAGCUGUCUUUUGCCAUGCAUACUUUGCCUGAGUCCUAUCUUCUGCUGUAGACUCAUCAAGGCUGCAAUCUUUACCUCCCUUCAGUUCCAUUCUGUAGCAUUGAAGGGAAACCAGAUAGUUGUAAAAUUUGCCCAGUUGGAUAAACAUGUAUACAUGUAAUUAAUUAUAGGGUAGCUGAAGGCAAAUCAUUAUUUUGCCAUUAACUUAUAUAUUGAAGCCAGUGUAAUACUUUCACCUGUACAUAUUAGAGUCUCAGAAGGAAGGUUGGUUCAGUCAUAUUCAUAAAAAUCAGACUAAGAAACAGAAGUCCUAUGGUGUCUGAUACAGUUUUGUCUCAAGUAGAAUCAGUGUGUCCACAUUCUUUGUGAUCCUUGAAUACUAUUUUUAGAGUUUUAAUCUCUCAAUUUCUAACCAUGUCUCAACUUCUCAUCUUUAUUUUUUAAGAAAAAAUUUCUCCCACCAUCAUAUUCUUCUCAUGUUUUUCCUUGUACUAGAGAUACCAAUCUGAGAAACCAAUGAACACCCAGAAGUUGAGGAAGAAAAUUUGAUGGAGUCUUGUCCUUGUUAUUUGCUCCUUGAAGUACAGGCCUCAGAAAAGUUGUACUAGCCCAAUAGGGAGGGCCCCAGGCCCAAGGGAAAACAGAUAAUCUUGAGUCCAGGGAAUUUUCUUAUCUUUUUAAAGAUUCCCAUUGGGUGUUCCUCAUGUUUGGGAUUUCACUCAUUUUGACAUUCAAUAUUCCUAGAAUGUCUUGGCCCCUCAGUAAGUCUUUAUUUUUUAUUUUCUUUUUUUCUAAAUCAAUGAUACUGGCCUUUAUUUACAGAUAGUUUUGCCUGGUUCUUGGUUAACCAGUUUUUGUAUACAUACUUUACCCUCUGGUGAUUUUAAUAAACUUAAAUGCAUUUGUCAGAGGCUACUGUGCCUCAUGGUGCUGAUGUUGACCCAUGGACUUAGAAGCUGACAUUGUGUCACUUGACAGAGAAAAUGCAUCUCCCAGGGUAUCUGUCAUGUCAAUACAGCUUCAUUCUCCAAAGAAACAUUGAAAUAAUUAGCCUAGGUUUGAUCCUUCAUUAGUUCAUGUGACUACAGCUAUUAUUCCUUUAUCAGGUGUCUUGAUUGCAAAUCAUCUAUUGACAAAGGUUAAAAUGCAUUGUCUCUAUUUCAGGUGAUGGUAAUCCUUGCCUCUAUGUGAAAACAAUGUAGUUUUCAUUGAAUUGUUUCCUAGUAGGAAAUCAUUUUUAUUUAAUUUAAAUGUAAUUAUUUUUAAAAAUUCUACCUGUGAAAUCUUAAUGAUAAUAUAUUCACAUUGGAGUUAAAGUCAACUUGUUUGUAUUGAAUGAUUUGGAAAAGAGUUUUGGGUUUGGAAAAGAGUUUUGAGAGUAGGUUUUGGGUCUAGAAGAAGUAGCUUGACAGGGGAUGGCUUAUUCUUGUGGAAGGAAGGAAACCUAGUGUUCACUGCUUUAGGUGCAUUCUUAAUCUAAGCAAAGAAUAGGGAAAAUGGAGAUUUUCACAUGGCUAGCAUUACUUAAAGGAAUGUCUUGUGUGGAGUUUGUGGUAAGUUUUGACCUUUGAGAAUAAAGGGAGAGGAUUGAAUAGUAUUAGAUGAAGUGCCUUGUGUUUGGUUUCUGUCUUAGUCAAUGAUUUAUUAUAUAUAUUGGGGUAAAUUA